GAAGCAUGUGGUUAAUCCAAGUGGUCGUUUGCUGGCUAGAAGGGAUUCCCACCCAUUAGAAGACUGCUUGAUCCAUUGCCUGAUGCAAUUAGGGGUGAACUUUUGCUGGCUGGGCUGUGCUGCUUGUGCUGAGGAUAGAGGAUGGUGUGAGAUAUAAAACCGUAAAUUGCUAAUUGGAAAGAAAAAAGCAUGGCUUCCAGCACAGCUAACCCUGCUAACCAUCUGCCAUACUUCUUUGGCAAUAUUACACGCGAGGAAGCUGAAGAGUAUCUGACGCAAGGAGGAGUGAGUGAUGGACUGUACCUGCUCCGCCAAAGCCGGAAUUACCUAGGUGGCUUUGCCUUAUCCUUGGCCCAUGGAAGGAAAGUUCAUCAUUAUACAAUUGAGAGGGAGCUGAGCGGCUCAUACGCUAUCACAGGGGGGAAAUCUCAUGCGAGUCCUGCAGAACUCGUUAACUAUCACUCGGAGGAAGCCGAUGGCCUUAUCUGUCUACUGAGAAAACCUUUCCACCGGCCACCAGGCGUGGAGCCCAAAACAGGACCGUUUGAAGAUUUAAAAGAGAGCCUCAUCAGAGAGUAUGUCAAACAAACCUGGAACCUGCAGGGUCAGGCCCUUGAACAAGCUAUCAUUAGUCAAAAACCUCAGCUGGAGAAAUUGAUUGCCACUACAGCCCAUGAGAAGAUGCCUUGGUUCCAUGGGAAGAUCUCUCGGGAAGAAUCAGAACACCGUAUCCUCGUAGGGUUAAGAAACAAUGGAAAAUUUUUAAUCAGAGAAAGGGACAGCAAUGGCUCCUAUGCUUUGUGUCUGCUCAGUGAUGGAAAAGUACUGCAUUACCGUAUUGACAGAGAUAAGACCGGAAAGCUCUCCAUACCAGAUGGAAAAAGAUUUGACACCCUUUGGCAGUUAGUUGAACAUUAUUCAUACAAACCAGAUGGAUUAUCAAGGGUUCUUACCUUUCCUUGUCCACGACUUGGCUCAGAAAAUGAUAGUAUUAUUUUUGACACUCGUCCUCCACCUCAUGGAGCCCCUCUUAAGGAGUUCUUGAAAACAAAUCUGCUCUCGAAGAGUUGGGCAAGAGGUGGAAUUAUCUCAAGACUCAAAUCGUACACCUUUCCAAAGGCUGGCAGCAAAAAGCAACAGUCACCUAUUGCUUACUCCGCUGAUGAAUCAGCAUCUUUUAAUCCUUAUGUGCUCCAAAGGACGAGAACGCUCAUGGGAGCUGAUACAGCUGAUCAGAGAGAGGCCUUACCCAUGGACACUGAGGUCUAUGAAAGUCCAUAUGCUGAUCCAGAUGAAAUGAGGCCCAAAAAUGUCACUCUUGACAGGGAUUUGUUAACCCUGGAGGAUGGGGAACUUGGCUCUGGCAACUUUGGUACAGUAAAGAAAGGGUUCUAUAAGAUGAAAAAGGGUGCCAAGCCAGUGGCUGUAAAAAUUCUUAAGAACGAGAGUAAUGAUCCAGCCAUAAAGGAUGAACUAUUGAGAGAAGCGAAUGUAAUGCAGCAACUGGAUAACCCAUAUAUUGUCCGAAUGAUAGGCAUAUGUGAAGCUGAGGCCUGGAUGUUAGUAAUGGAAAUGGCUGAACUUGGGCCCUUGAACAAAUUUUUGCAAAAAAACAGACAUGUCACAGAAAAGAAUAUAACAGAGCUGGUACAUCAGGUUUCCAUGGGGAUGAAAUACCUGGAGGAGAAUAACUUUGUACACAGGGAUCUGGCUGCAAGAAAUGUACUAUUAGUCACCCAACAUUAUGCCAAAAUCAGUGACUUUGGACUUUCUAAAGCUCUUAGUGCUGAUGAAAGUUAUUACAAGGCACAAAGUCAUGGAAAAUGGCCAGUGAAGUGGUAUGCUCCAGAAUGCAUGAAUUUUUACAAAUUUUCUAGCAAAAGUGAUGUCUGGAGCUUUGGGGUUUUAAUGUGGGAAGCUUUUUCUUACGGACAGAAGCCAUAUAAGGGAAUGAAAGGUGGCGAAGUUGCACAGAUGAUUGAAAGAGGAGAACGAAUGGAGCGUCCCGAAGUCUGUCCAACUGAAGUCUACGAUUUAAUGAAAUUGUGUUGGACAUAUAACAUUGAUGACCGACCAGGAUUUGUCGCAGUAGAGCUGAGAUUACGUGACUACUAUUACGACAUUUCCCACUAACAGCACAAAGAAAAGCAGCUUCGUCUGUCUUCAGCAAGCACCUUCUGAGGAGCUACAGCCGUCCAUGUGUUCAGUUUCCGAAACCGAGUGACUUUGAUUUUUGUACUGCCACUUUCACCCCGUAAAGCUUUAAGCUAAGCCCUGUGUGUGGAAUUGCCUUUGCUUGCUUUCUGUGCAAUAUCCAGCCCCAAAACAGGGUGUCAAAGGUGGAGGGGCCACAAAGCGUGCAGAACGGACAGCAGCACAGAUGCUUAGACUUCUGCUACGUUCUACUUUAUUUACAUCUUAGUGACAUAUUUUGCUGUGGUGUAAAACCUAUUUAAUAUCUUUCAGCUCUCUUCCUCUCUUGUAUUUGAAUGUAGAUUGGGAUUUAGAGUCUUGUUAUUAAUUUUCUUAGCCCUUGAAUACGUUGAGUUGUUCCAGCCUUCCCCUCCCCAUGGAGGAACAUUAUAAACAUUUCUCACUGUGUAAGAAAUUCACUGUGAAAGUCUGUCAGUCACUUUGACUGACAGCAUGUUUGAUUUUUACCCCCAAGUCCCUUUAAAAGCAAAUCCUAUUCUUUUCAGUAGUAAUGUGAGCCGAGAGCAACUGGGAGAUCUGAAUUUCUAACGUUUGGAAAGAGAAAAGGAAUCAUCAGCUCCUUUAAGUGAUACCAGCUUCUCUCUUUCCUCACGCCACGUGGAAGCCCAGCUGUCCCCCAGGGCAGUAUUUUCUUCCUGGUGAAACCUAGGAACUCAGGGACAUGUUCUUGUCUGGGGGCAAGACAUAUCAGCACCUAAGGAAAUGAUUUGGGGUUUUAACAUAAAGUCCAUGACUGUGUUUCCUAAAAAGCCAGCUGUACGUUGAAAGGUAAAGAGUAGCACCUUUCUCUCUCUGUCCUGUUUCAGCUCUCUCCAGAGAUCUUUUCCAUGCAUCUCUUUGGGGUAUACCAAAGCCCCUUGUGCAGCAAGGUGAGCAGCAGACACUUUUUUUAAUCUUUCUUUGAAAGCAUUUGAGAUUCACCACAGCUCAUCACCUCAAAGCUAAAUUUCACCCCUAGCUCAAACAUUUUUAAACUGGCUUAUGUUUACUUUUGUCCUCUCCUAAAUGUAUUUGCCUGUUAAUAAUCCUUCAUCUUGCGUUAGGCUGCAAACCCCAUAAGAAAAGGUCUUUGUCUUACUCCUUUUUUUAAUGCACCAUGCAGUGUCUCCAGUACUGUAUAAGUAUAGCAAUAACAACAACAAAUAAUGUAGUCAACCUUUGUUCCUGUUUGUACCUUUAUGCUUUCUUUGUCCUGUCUCAUUUUAAAUAUUCUAGAUGUCAAAAUUUCUAUCACUUGUUUCCCACAAACAGUCACUUUACUGGCAUUUACAUAUAUCUCAGGAAUCUACACAUGUUUCAUCUACUGGAUAUAAGUUUCAGAUGAAUAUGAAAAAUAAGAUUUAGAGAUAGAUAUAUUUAUUGUAUACAGCUGUUUAGAGUAUCUGUGUUUAAUUGUGGUAUUAUCAGGGUAUUCUUAGAGAUGCAGUGGUAUUUUUCUCUCUAGGGAAAGAAAUUGAAGAAACUGUUGGUGAUUAGAGUGCAAAAGUGUUAAUUUGCAUUCUAUGAUAAACAACUAUAAACAAAUGUAGGAUUCAAUGUAAAAUAAUUAGUCUCUUUUUAAUAAUUAUAGGUUCUGCUCUUCCAGAAAUACCUGGUCAUUUUUGGUAGUUUAAUUUUUGAGUGUCCAAAUACUCCAAGUCCAACUACCAAAAUACUUCAGAAAGCAUAUGCUACUGAGAUACUCAGUAAAAUGAACCAUGUUUCAGAUGUGACCUGAUCCAAAUGUGAUUUAUAAUGAAGCUGAUUGAUUGAUUUUUUUUAAGAAACAUUUUUCUACAAGAAGAGAUGUCUAGAAGUUCCCUAUAGCUGUGCAUAUGUGGUUUUUAGCAUUAUCCCUUUUGCAGAGAAAUUGUCAGCGCUUGUACAGUCAGUGCAUUUAUGGGGAGACCAAUUAUAAAUCAGUUGCACAAAUCCCCACCAGCCAGCAAGUGACAGCACUCAAUUUCCCUGUGAUAUAUAUAUAUCUUAAAGCGUUACCUAAUGCAACAAUACUGGAGGAAUAUUUCUUCCCCUUACUUCUGAGUGAAUGCCCCGAUUGGUGUUACUUGACUAUUUUUAAUUUCACUAUAUUGUAAUAAAAGUUUACAAUUCGUAGGAGUAUUUUGAAGUAUUGUGAAAUAACUGGAUUAGAUUUUUAAGCUGAGAUUAAAGACAUUGUUUUAUAAAAUAUGUUGAUAUAACAAGAAUCCUUUGAAUAUCUGUGUAUGUGCUUUCUAUCAAAUGCUUAACGCAGAGAAGAGAGUGUGUAUAUACCAAAUUACUGUGAGUGUUCAUCUUGUGGAAAGACUGAGAUUCCCUUAUUGACACCGAACCGUACCUGACAUGACAGAUGAGCCUGCUGAAAUCAACUAUGUAGGUUUUAAAGUCGUGUUAUACCACCAUGGAGCCUCCCUUAAAAGUGCAGGCAAGUGUUCUAGGUUUUCUGAAAGGAGAGAGGACUUCUUUCAUCUGACUCCCUUUGCAAGCUCCAGUCCUCAGCAAAACGAAGACAGGAUGUGACGGAAUGCAAGUAUGAAUAAUAAUAACAAAAAGCCUGGAAGACAGACAGCUCCUCAAGAUACUUCACUUCAGAAGGAUCGCUGGGUGAUUUACAUACACUCCUAUGGUUGUUUUCUUGAGUAACAAAUCUGGCCUAAGUUUUCCUCCCUCCCACUUGUGGGACUGCACCAUCAGCAGGGUCACUGAUAGAAGCUGGCGCUCAGAGUAACCCUUCAAAUAAAGGGGCUCUUGUCUG